AUGGGCCUGUGGGUGGCUCUGUGGGUGCUUCUGUACCUGCCGAGAGCCCUCCAGGGCCAGGACCCACACACCCGGGCAGCCCCCAGCUCCGUUCUGCACAGUUUCGAGGACAGCAAGUUCCAGGGGGAGUGGUUUGUCCUCGGCCUGGCGGGCAACACCCACACGGUAGCAGACAGGUCCCUGCUGAGCCCUUUCACAGCGACCUUCACGCUAAACAAGAACAACCGCUUAGAAGUGGCGUACGCCAUGUUCCGGGGCCAGCGCUGUAUCACCUGGUCGUACGAGCUUAUUUCUCAGUCCCAGCCUGGGGUGUUCUCAGUGGAUCACAGUGGAGAGCCCGGGGCGGACCCCGAGGAGAUCCACGUGCACGACACGGACUACGCAUCCUUUGCCCUCCUGCUCUCCAGGAAGCAGUCGGGCCUGCAGUGGGUCCUCAGGGUCAGCCUGCUGUGCAGAAUAUGGGCCAUUCAGACUCAGUUGCUGGACAAGUUUGUCUGCCUGGUCCGAGCUCAGGGCCUCUCGGACGACAACAUCAUCUUCCCGGACCUGACAGACUGGUCAGUCCUGCCUGACAACUGCUGA